AUGGCAAGGGAAAUUCCAGCCUUUGAUUUCUGGAGUGAAAAGUUUGAAUGCGCGGAGGAACGUUCUAGUGAUGAUAAACUUGUUGAUAGUGUCGAUAGGAAUGGCGGAAAGGUGUGCCUCGAUGGGGAAAAUACCGGAGACAAACUCGGGUUUGUGGAGGACGCUGGGGACUGGGAACAGAGAAACCGUCUCAAGAUUUACCGUGGACUUUAUUUACUCACAAUCCGCGACUUCCGUGGAGCUGCUGACUCAUUCCGUGACGGAGUGUCCACAUAUACGAGCACGGAGUUGAUGGACUAUGGGGAGUUUGCGACAUACACGAUAUUCUCGUACGUGUUUGCCUACGACCGGCGGGAAAUGAAGAAGGACGUGAUCAAGUCCUCGGAUAUCCAGGAAGCCCUGUUCGACCUGCCUUUGCCACGGGAGUUGUUCAAUUCCUUCUACCAGUGCCACUACAAACAGUUUUUUGUGUUGUUGGGGGAGACGGAGGAGUUUAUGAAGAAGGACAGAUAUUUGCGGCCUCACUACUCCCACUAUGUGAGCCACGUCAAAUUGAGGGCGUACAAACAGUUGUUGGAGGCAUACUCCAGUCUGUCCAUCAAGUACAUGGCCGACCUGUUUGGGGUGACCGAGGAGUACAUUGACAGAGAACUGUCCAUGUAUGUGGGGUGUGGCAAACUUCAAUGCAGUAUCAAUAAAGUGGAAGGAAUAGUGGAGACCACCCGGAAGGACGACCGGAGUGUCCAAUAUCACAAUAUUAUUCGACUUGGCGAUAAAUUGCUGAAUCGAAUACAAAAACUCAGUCGGGUUAUUAAUCUCUGA